AUGAAGCGGAUCUGCGUGAUCCUGUCCCUUCUGGCUGUUCUGAUAGACAGCCAGGCUGAGGGGAGAAUCUUAACGGAGUGCGAGGCCGUGCAGGAGCUGCAACGUGCCAAAGUUCAGAGGAGCUUGAUCAGCAACUGGGUCUGCCUGAUGCAGAGCGAGAGCGGGAUGGACACGCAGUUGGUCACCGGCCCGAAGACCGCCUCUAGCUUCAGUUUCGGCGUCUUCCAGAUUAACAGCGCGAAAUGGUGCUCCAGGGGACACAGCGGCGGCAUAUGCAACAAGCGUUGCGAGGAUUUCGCAGAUGACGACAUCCAAGACGAUAUCGUGUGCGCCAAUAAGAUUCAGAGCAUGGAAGGCUUCAAGGCGUGGAACGGCUGGGUGAAGAAAUGCAAGAACAAAUCACUGCCAAAUAUUGGAAAUUGCAAACGACGUCGAAGACGACGACGAACGAGACGAUGA